AUGUUCACCAAGCAGACUUUCUCCGCCUUCAUUGGCGCCCUGUCCGUGGCCUCUGCCAGGACUAUCCCCGCUACCGCUUCCAUGCCCUCAUUGGCGGAGGUUGAGGCUGCCGCUGCUACUGUUGUCCCUCUCUCUCCCGUUUCCAACGUCAAGGGUCUGGCUUUCGACCGUUUCACCCAGAUCUGGUUUGAGAACCAGGACUAUCAAACUGUUGCCGACGAUGCCAACUUUGCUAAGAUUGCCAAGGAGGGUAUUCUCUUGACCAACUAUUUUGCCACCACCCACCCUUCGCAGCCCAACUACGUUGCCUCUGCUGCUGGUGAUAACUUUGGUAUGGACAAUGACGCAUUCACCCAAAUCCCCGCCAAUGUGUCCACUAUCGCCGAUCUGUUCGAUACCAAGAGCAUCGCGUGGAGCGAGUACCAACAGCAUCUUCCCUAUGCUGGAUACCAGGGAUACAACUUCUCUAACCAGCACACCGAUGCCAAUUCUUACAUGCGCAAGCACGAUCCUCUCAUUAUCUUUGAGUCUGUCACCAACAGCGAUGUUCGUCCCCGCCAAAUCAAGAACUUCACUUCCUUCUACGAUGACCUGAAGAACGAGCGCCUCCCCCAGUACUCCUUCAUCACCCCUAACAUGACCAACGACUGCCACGACACCGACAUCACCGUCGGCGGAGACUUCCUUGCCGACUUCCUCCCCCCUCUGCUGAAGAACGAGUACUUCACCAAGGACAGUCUGAUCCUGGUCACCUUUGACGAAGUGGGCAACUACACUGAGGAGAACCGUGUCUACAGCAUUCUCCUUGGCGGCGCCGUCCCCGAGCACCUCAAGGGAACCACCGAUAGCACCUUCUACACCCACUACUCCGUCAUUGCCUCCCUCAGUGCAAACUGGGGUCUCCCCCUCCCUCGCCUCGUCGCUGAGAAGACUGGUUUCGUGAACUGGGAGGUUGACCUCACUGCCGUCCCCAACCUUUUGAACGAGACUUACCCCGGCCCUCUGUCUGAGAACGUUUACUCCGAGUACGAGUCUUACUGGCCCAUUCCUGCUACCCAGGAGACCUGCAAUGCUGGACACGGCAUUGUGGAUGUUGUCAAGGAGACUUACAACCGUCGCAAGCCUACUUACAACUACAUUAGCCCUGUGCCGUAUGAUGUGCGCAGUGGAUACAACACUGGUAUUCCUUACUGGCGUUACGUCAACGGUAAGAAGGAGACUGGUAUUACCAACUAG